UGCGCGCUCACAUGAUUAGAGCUGAACACUCUCAAGCAAGAAGCGAUAAGUCCUGAAAAACGCAAGACUUAAAAAUAAUGACAACAUGAGAUGAAUUCACCCGAGUAAAGACAGAAGAACAACUUGUCGAAGAGUUACCCCCUCAGCAAGUGAAGUCACUCGACUUUUAUUCAUUUUUUUUUUGUUGCCCAGUGACGCUGCAGUCCUGAGCCCUUCUGUUGGGAGGCAUCGCUCGGACUGGUGGGAGGAGCCUAAUGCCUCAGAAAUGUGAAACUAUUAGUUACUGCAACCCCACCCCUUACAGGGAUCCACGGUUACGAGCCUCCAAUCCGCCAUCAGUCUGGAGGUUUACCACCAUGCACCUCAAACCAUACCCCAAACCACAAGAUAAAGAAAUACAUCUGGAGUCUGUCCAUGAUGGAACACGAGGCCUCCGUGCCAACCAGCAGGGAGUGCUCAGGACAGAGUGGGGCAUUCGCCAGGCGUGUGGCCUCAUGGGCUCACCUGGCAACGGCACAACCAACCGGUGCCCCCUCAGUGUCAUCUCCACCAAUACCCUCCAGUGUAGCAACAAUAAAAAUGCCAACCGUGGGAGCAAUGCACCGAUUAGAGUAUGUGGGGCCCGCAAGAGCAAAGCACCCUCUGUCACAACAGUUACUAGUUCUUUAGUUCUGCUCUCAUCUUCAGCUGGUUUGGAGAAUGAAGGCUCUCUAAGGAUCUACCAAGAAGAGGAUGGAGAAGGAUCUUUGGACAUAUGGGCUGUCAUUAAACCUGGGAACACAAAAGAGAAAAUUGCCAUUUUUGCAGCUCAGAAGUGUGGCAAUGCUUGCGACAGUGAAAUUGACAACAGUCCUGAAAAAGAACACAUUGCCCCAGAGUUGCGGACUGUCUCAGUGAAAAACAAAGGCUGCUGGGACAGUGACUGGUCUGUGGCCAAGCGCAGGAGAAGAUCUGGUACCCCAGACAUGCCGAGAAGUAUGGAAUCUCCACCCCCAAAACCUGAUAUACAUAAAGUAUCCAUGGCCCUCAAUGAGAACAUCAACCCUUGUCAAGGAAUGGCAGAGGACACAGUCAGGACAGAGGGAGAGGAGGAUGGAAAGUUGCUCUCGGUUGUCGAGAUGGUGGCAUACUUGGAGCAAAGAGCAAGUGAUCAGCAGAUGAGCUCCAAACCCCCAUCCUUGCGUAGUACCAGCACCAUUACUCUGUCAAAAGUUGUAUACAUCCCCCAGCCUGAAGAACAGCAGUCCAAAGGCUCAGAACUACAAGAGGUCCAAGAGAAAGAGGGGGAAUCUGUGCGGGUUCUGGAGAUGGUGGCCAAGUUGGAGUCACAGUGCCUGAGCAGACAGGGCCUUCGGGAAGGUGGAGACCUUUCUCGAAACAACAGCUUGAGGAGGAAGGUGGGACGAGUGCUUCUGGUAGGGUCAGAACCUUAUUCGCUGCCCUUAAAGCCACAGGACAGUAGAGUCGAGAGUGUCCCACAGGAACUGGGUAGUGAUUUGGACAAAUUGAGUUGCACAUUCAAGACCCCUGAAUUGGCAAAUACAGAGACCUCACAGUGUGGUCUUGUCUGCUGCACCAUCAAGCAGGAUGAAGGUUCUUAUAUGGCAGAACAGGAAACUUGCACAGCUGUUGAUAUGGAAAAAUACGUGCAAUCCUUGCCAAAGCAUGCCAGCUCUGAGGCUAGUGAAGGCAACGAGGAACCACAACCAGGCAUGUUGUUCUUUGCCCAUUCUCCUAAUCAGACUCUUAAGGAGCAGCACCAGCCCCCCUCAGAGAGCAGACUUCUGAACAAAGAGCCUUCUCCACUUGUCCAGGACAGUGUCCCUUCUGUGGACACUUCAGUGGCAGUCAGAGAGGACAGCAGGGUUGGACUUGGGGGUUACCAAAAUCAUCCAAACAUUGAGGAGACAGAGGGAGAGACUAGCGUGGUUGGUCGAGAGUGUGUGCCUUUUCCUUUACGCCGCCUUGUGUCUCAUGAAUUUCUUGAAACUCGCUUCAAGAUCCAGCUGCUUCUGGAGCCUCAGCAGUACAUGGCUUUCCUGCCCCACCACAUCAUCGUAAAGAUCUUCUGCUUGCUGCCUACCGAAAGCCUGGCUGCCCUUAAGUGCACCUGCCAUUACUUUAAGUUUAUUAUCGAGACUUACGGCGUGCGGCCGGCCGAUUCUCGUUGGGUAAGUGAUCCACGCUACAAAGAUGACCCUUGUAAGCAGUGCAAGAAGCGCUAUGACCGUGGCGAUGUUUCGCUCUGCCGUUGGCAUCAUAAGCCCUACUGCCAGGCAUUGCCUUAUGGCCCGGGCUAUUGGAUGUGUUGCCGGGGGGCCCAUAAAGACACACCUGGCUGUAACGUGGGACUCCACGAUAACCACUGGGUCCCUGCCUAUUAUAGCAUCAAUAUGUCAGUUCACAAGAAAAGCAGGGACAAUGAGGGCUCGUAGUGUGCCAGAAUGGACAGAUGCAGUGUGCGUUUUAUUUUCUGAUGAGAGUAACUUGUGUGAAUGAGCUGUUUUUCCUGUGCGUUGCCAAAGAGCAGGUGUGCUUUUUUUGAUGUAUAGUGCUUAAAACCAGGUUGCUGAAACUAAUUUGAAAUUGCUGGAUUUCUGCACUUAUAUUCUGCCAACCAGUCACAAACUCCCUAUUGGAUACCCUCCUCAGGUCCUCAAUGUUGGUCUGCACUUUAACCUUUAAAGAUUGAAUGGUUCUAUCUGGGUACUGCUUGACUAUUUUACUUUGAAUAAGCAUUAAUCUUCUUACAACUAACUUAUUUUCUCAACACCUCUGCAAAUGUCUAAAUUUUUUUAUAACACACCCCAGGCUGAUCUUCCUGCACUGAUGUUGACUUUGGGUGCAAUAUUAAAUGUUGACAAGCAUUACAGUUAUAUUAUCUCCCAGCACACUCAUUGUCGAUGGGAAAACUUGUAAAGAGGGCCAUGAGUUGUUGAAAUCCUUUUACCGUUUCUUUUACCGCUAACAAUUCCUGGGAUGUUAUGGGGCGCAAUGGCUUUGUGACAUAUUUGUUUUGAGAUUGUUCUGAGCCCAGAUGUUUACAUUGUACAUAGCACAGAAUCAAAUAUAUCAUAACAGGGUGAUGAAUGAUGGCAUGAGUGUGACAUGAAAUGCAUUUAAUCUUAAUAUGGGGAAAAACGCCUAUUCUUUUUAUGCUAACUUUUGUAUAUAGAUAUCUAUGUGAAAUGGUUGCUCCUGUUCUACAAUGGGACUCCAUGCUAAACCCUUGUAAAUAGAUAUUCUCAAAUUUUUAAGUGUUUAUCUCCCAUUUGUGAUGUAUUGUCUAUGGGAAACAUUUGAAUGUGGGAAGAGAAUUUCUCCAGCUUGACUAACUGAAUACCAUCUGAAAAAAAAGAUAAAUUUCAUUGCAACAGAAAGACUGUUUUCCAAAGUGUGUUUCAGAUUUUUCAAAAUUAUUGUUAAUGACAUUUGUGUUCUGCCUGUUAAGGCAUUUUACUUAAAUAAAGUAUAUCUUGGAGGAUUUGUAAAA